AUCCCACCUACAAUUUUCAAACUUUUGAACUUCAAGACAAUCGACACAACGACAACAUCUCAGCUUAGGAAGACAUCAAUUGUCUAGGCUGUCAUCAUGCAGAUCUUCGUCAAAACUUUGACAGGGAAGACGAUCACGUUGGGUUCGGGAUUCUUUCUUGCUUCUUUACGAUGAAUUCCACGAGCUGACGAUUUUUUCUAGAGGUUGAGUCUUCUGACACAAUCGACAAUGUCAAAUCCAAGAUCCAGGACAAGGAGGGAAUCCCACCAGACCAACAGCGCUUGAUCUUCGCCGGAAAGCAACUCGAAGACGGCCGUACCCUCAGCGACUACAACAUCCAAAAGGAGUCGACCCUCCAUCUCGUGCUCCGUCUCCGUGGAGGAGCCAAGAAGCGCAAGAAGAAGGUCUACACCACCCCAAAGAAGAUCAAGCACAAGCGCAAGAAGACCAAGUUGGCAGUUCUCAAGUACUACAAGGUCGACGGUGACGGAAAGAUUGAGCGUCUCCGCAGAGAGUGCCCAACUCCAGACGUAAGUUCAGAUCUACUUGUGAAGUUCAUGGCGGGACAUUGCUAAAUAUUUCCAGUGUGGUGCCGGUGUCUUCAUGGCUGCUAUGCACGACCGUCAAUACUGUGGUCGUUGCCACUUGACCUACAUCUUUGAUGAGUCCAAAUAAAUGUUCUCGGAGGAAUCUUGAAG